AUGCCACUUCUUAUUGGCUCAAUUCAUUGCUCUUCUGUGUGCAAAUUGAAUUGUACCCUCCAAUCAGACUCCCAGACUGUAGUUGGGCGUGUAGGUGAAAGCGCGUUGUUGGGGUGCAGCCUCCUCCACCAGGACGCGGGGCGCCCUCCUAUUUAUGUAAUUGAGUGGGUGCGCUUUGGCUUCAUCCUUCCCAUCUUUAUCAAGUUUGGCUUGUACUCACCACGUGUGGACCCUCAGUAUCUAGGACGCACCAAGAUUGAAGAAGGCGCUUCUCUCCGUAUAGACUCUCUGAGGCCUGAGGACCAAGGCUGGUAUGAAUGUAGAGUGUUGUUUCUGGACCGUCACCACGCGGACGAAGAUUUCCAAAACGGGACCUGGAUCCACCUCACUGUGAACUCCCCUCCUACUUUCCGUGAAACUCCGCCCAUGUAUGUCGAAGUGCGUGUUGGAGACACCCUCACCCUCACCUGCCUGGCUUAUGGGAACCCACAGCCAGUCAUUUUGUGGAAACGAGAUGACAUUAUUAUAGAGGCUGGAGACAAGAUCCAGGUGAACAAUGGUUCAUUAAGAAUUGUUGGAGUGGAGCGCUCAGCGGCUGGUGUGUACACGUGCCAUGCAUCCAGUGCCGAAGGGGAAAUCACACACACCACCCGUGUACUAGUUCAAGGUCCUCCCAUUAUUGUUGUCCCGCCUGAGAACACCACAGUUAAUAUUUCCCAAGAUGCCUUUCUAACCUGCCAGGCUGAAGCCUAUCCAGCUAACUUGACCUACAGUUGGUUCCAAGGAAACAGCAACGUAUACCUUGUUAGCCGUCUGCAGUCUAGAGUCCGCAUUCUGGUCGAUGGGAGUCUUUUACUCCAACAAGUUAACCCAGAGGAUGCUGGGAAAUACACCUGUGUCCCAAGCAAUGGAAUGUGGAAGUCUCCUUCUGCUUCGGCAUACCUCACUGUGCUGCAUCCAGCUUAUGUGAUGAAUAUGCCACCUGAAACCUAUUUGCCUAUUGGCCUGCUGGGUGUGAUCAAGUGUCCUGCCAGAGCCAACCCUCAUUUACUGUUUGUUAAUUGGUCAAAAGAUGGAAUCUCACUGGAGCUUGAUAAGUUCCCUGGUUGGCGUAUGGAAGAUGAUGGCUCCUUAGUAAUAGCUACAGGAAAUGAUGAUGCACUUGGAUCUUACACGUGCACACCUUACAACAGCUUCGGCACAGCCGGAACAUCUCUGCCCACACAAGUGAUCUUGAAGGAUCCUCCAACUUUUACUGUUCUCCCAAAGGAUGAAUAUUUUCAGGAGGUUGGCAGAGAGCUGAUCAUCCAGUGCUCAGCUUCAGGAGAUCCUCCUCCAGUCAUCACUUGGACAAAGCUAGGUGUAUCUGGGAAGAGUUCCUUUCAGAUGGAUGUAAACAGUAGCUUGGUGUUCCGACCUCUCACCAAAGAGGAGCAUGGUAUAUGGGAAUGUACUGCUUACAAUUAUGUGGCGACCAUCAGCACCCAAACUGCAGUCUUUGUCCUUGGUACCAGCCCACAUGCUGUGAGCAAUGUUACUGUCCAGCCACUGGUUGCUGCAGUCAAUGUAUCUUGGAUACCUGGUUUUGAUGGUGGAUAUUUCCAAAGGUUCAGCGUAUGGUAUGCUCCACUGGUAAAGAGACUCACACGCCUGCACCAUGACUGGGUAUCCCUUUCGGCCGCAGUGAGUGCCACACAUCUGGUAGUGGAGGGUCUCCAGCCAGACACUGGCUACCAGUUUAGUGUCCUGUCUCAGAACAAACUUGGCAGUGGACCUUUCAGUGAGAUAAUCACUGCUUUUCCUCUAAGUUCUCCUCCUACCACCUUGCCUCCUCCUCUGCCCACCACAGAUUUACACCUUACCCUGUCACCACCUCGCUUCCUGGCUGCCAAUGAGACAAGUCGUGGGAUUCUGUUGCAGUGGGCUCCACCUUUGCGCUCAUCUAUACCUGUUAGCGGGUACGGCUUGGAGUGCCGUCGGGAUGAGGGAUCUUGGGAGUUAUUGGAUGAAUCUAUCCCUACAUCUGAGAUGCACUUACUGGUACCAGGACUCAUUAAGGAUGCGACCUAUGAAUUCCGUCUUGUGGCAUUUGCAGGUGAUUACAUCAGUGACCCGAGUAACUCCGUAAACAUCUCAACCUUUGGUAUGGAAGUGUACCCGUCACGUACAGAGCUACCUGAGAUCCCUCCCAAGCCUCUGCUUGCUGGCGUAGUGGGCGGAGUCUGCUUCUUGAGCCUGGCAAUCAUUCUGAGCAUUGUGGCUGCCUGCUUGAUGAACCAACGCCGUGCCAGACGUCGACGUAAACGCAGGCAGCAAGAUGCACCAAUGGUCUUCUCCCAACCCAAGAAAGCUUCUCCUUCACAAAAAUCUAAUGGCUCUAGUAGCCCCGACAGUCUCAUGAGGUUAAAACUUCGAGCGUCACCAUAUGAGAGCUUCCGUAGAGCUCUGAAGUUGGGAGAGAAUCCAGGAAACAAUCUUGGGCUUAGUCACAUUAGUAGCACAAGCGGCAAGUACACAGUUUAUGAGAGUCAUGUUGGAGAAUCCAUACCAUUGGAGCGUAUCAGCCGUGGGCCAGAUGGGCGUUUUGUGGUGGAGACAGAUACACAGAGAUCAAAAUGCAGCCUCAGAGGCUUUCCCUAUGCAAUAGACACAGAUUUCUAUCCAGAAUUCAGUGCCAGGGAUUCAUCAGAUCUCAGUCAGUGCUCACAAGCAAAGGCGUACUUACAAGUCUGUCCACUUCCUGAAAGGUCAGCAGGAUCAUGGAAGGAGGAAGUAAAGAUGAGACCCAAGGCAACAGGCCAGGCCCGCAAAGAGGCAAGGAAUUCUGGAUACCGUCAGGGAAGGUAUUUUGGUGGCAGUAGUAGUCCAUUAGAUGAAGCAAUGCCUUUUCAUAUUGCAGACAUCAGUCCAGUAACAUCCUCAGUGACCCUUCCAUAUAGUAAAGUAGAGGAAGCACGAUGUGGAGAUUCUGUCCAAAUAGAGGGGGAUUUGAAAAGGACAGUUUCUACUUUGAGAGAGUCAGGGCAUGAUGUUUUCUCAGCAUUGAGUGAAGUGGUAAGAGCACCUUCCUUACUACUGCAGAAACCAAUUGGUGUCAGCGAUCAAGAGAGCCAACUGAGACACAGUUUGUCAACUCAGAGUGGUAUACUCCAAUACCUCAGUCUCCCCUUUUUCAAGGAAAUGAGUGUGGAUGGUGACUGGCCAAUGCAAGAUGAGGAACCAGCCACUAGGGGCUCAGAACUCAGUUCCUCUAAGGUUGUAGAACAAAGCCCACAAACUUCAAUGAGUCUAGAGGAUAGGACGUUAAUGCCUGUUGAUGGAACAAGUGGGGUUCGGAAGGCAGAGACUCCACAUGUUCCCCGGAAAUUGCCCUCUAUUACUUAUAUACACAAUAAGCAAGAACAGUCUGUGCCUGUAAAGUCUUUUCUAAAACCUCCAGAGCACAAUUUGGGGCCGGCUAGGGCAGUCUUACCAGGUAGUCUGCAGUGGACUCAUUCCCCAGAGAACACAGAACGUUUAAAAGUAUGUCAGAGAACACAUUGGGGUUUGGGAGGUAUUCCCAUGGACAGCAGAGCUGACAGGACCAUUUCUUCUGGACAUGACUAUUCUCUAAAGGACCAGCCCCUUUCAGUGUUUACAGAUUUCCAGGCCCUAGAAAAGCAAAGGCCACCAGUAGACAAAUCACUCUUUCUACACAGCUCAGAGAAGGUGAUGAGAAGCAGUCUCACCAGUCAGAGCAGUGGCAGAGGGAGUGUGUCCUUUCUUAGACCCCCUUCAUUGGCACAGUCUGUGGGGGGCAGCUACCUCAACUCUCCAUUAGGUGAAACAUCCAGUUGGCACAGUGGAGGGGGAUCCCAAAGCUCCAGUGCAGAGGACUAUAGGCACAGAAAGGACUCCCUAUUAGCCACAAUAAGCAACAGGAGGAAUACAUCAGUGGAUGAAAAUUACGAAUGGGAUUCAGAGUUUACUCUGGAGAACGAUCUCAUGGAUGCCCUGCACAUUUACCGCAGUAGCAAUGGUGGCGGGCCCAUCUCUACUGUUGCUGUUGGGGAGGUGGAGAUGCAAAGUCUCAAACUUCCUUUGGAAGUGGACCCCUCCACAGCAAGUUCAGGCUCCGUUGAUGCUUUACAGUCUUUGUCGAGCCCAGAAGCCCGCUGUGCCGCUCUAAAGGAGGAGUAUUUAGAAUACCAGAGACGCAGGGGUAUGGCACAGAAAGCAUACACAAGGAGUAAAGACUAUGAGGAAUGUUAUGAGCAAGCGACAUUGCUAUGACUCAACCACUGCUCCCUAUAAUGGGAUACACCAAGACCAGGAGGGACACUGUAAGAUUGCAGGCAUUACCAGCUGGUGAGCGUC